AUGCCUUUUGGAGAGAUGACCAUCACGCUCCACGACGUUGCAGUGUUGCUUGGGAUUCCAGUCGGUGAAGAUAUGGUUGUAGGGAAUGAGAGUGUGAAAGCACAGUUGUGUGAGAUGCUGAGGGUCGAACAAUUGAAUGAACGAUCCAAGCCUUCGCUUAAGAGUGGGGGUUUAGUGUGUGUUGUCUCCCUUAUCUUCCGGAUCUCCCUAAAAUAA